AAGAGGGUGGCUGCCCUUUUCUUUCUUUCUUUCUUUCUUUCUCCUGAUGAUGGGGGACUUUUCUUCCCGCCAAAACGGGGAAGAUGAAGGCUUGGGGCUGGCGGGAAACGCGGCCGCCGCCUCCGGGAGAAGGGCGGGUUGGGCGGUUUCUGCCCGUCUGGGGAAACGGGUGAGGGGAACCGGUGGGCUUAUAACAGCCGUGCGCUCCCCUCAGCUUUUCCUUCUCCUUGCCUCGCUCCGCCCGCGGAACAGCGGCAUAUGUUUUUGAGGACGGCGCUCGCCUGCAGCAACAGCAGCCCCGCUCGGUUCCCUCCGCAGCCUUGAACUCGCCUCUCCUAACCCCCCCCCCGGCGCAGCAGCGAGAAGGAGCAGCAUGAGCCGCGAUUUCAAACCGGGAGACUUGAUCUUCGCCAAAAUGAAAGGCUAUCCCCAUUGGCCGGCCCGGGUUGAUGAAGUUCCUGAUGGAGCGGUCAAACCACCAACAAAUAAAAUGCCUAUAUUCUUUUUUGGCACUCAUGAAACUGCAUUUUUGGGACCAAAAGAUAUAUUUCCCUAUGCUGAAAAUAAAGACAAAUAUGGCAAGUUAAAUAAAAGGAAGGGCUUUAAUGAAGGAUUGUGGGAAAUUGAGAACAAUCCCAAAGUUAAAUUUUCCAGUCAGCCGUCUCAGCCAUCAGUUAACACUACAGUUGUUAAAGAAACAGAUCAAGAAGAAAGCAUAGACACUACAGAAGAAAAUGAACAAAAAAUGGGUCCCAAGAGAAGAAAAUUAACACCUCUUAUUAAAGAAUCUGUUAAACCAGACAACGAAACUUCUGAAGCUGAAAUUGAAGAAAAAGAGCUGGAAACUUUAAAAGAUGAUGAUUCUCCAGAAAAACCUAGCAGUGAAGAUAUGAGUAAAACAAGUGAUAUGUCAGUCCCUAAAGUUGCUAGAAGGGGGAGAAAAAGAAAGGCUGAAAAACAAGCAGAAAUGGAAGAAGCCACAGCGAUGGUGACAGGAGCAACAGCAACAAUUACAGCUCCAAAAGCUAGCCCUAAAAGAGGAAGGCCAGCUGCUACUGAAAUAAAAGUUCCGAAACCAAGAGGGAGACCCAAAUUGAUAAAACCACACUGUCCUCCAGAGGGUGACAGUAUUCAUGAGGAAGAUAGGGGUAAGAGAAAGAGUGUUGAAGAGAAGCCACCCAAAAAACAGCAGAGAAGAGAUGACGAAAGUCAGAAAGAGGAAGACAAAAUUAGAAAAGACUCAGAUAAAAAGGAAAAUAAAAAAGACACUGACAUGAAAAGGAAAAAUACUACUAAAGUGGGAUCAGCAUCUGGCUCUGAUACAGAAGACGAUGGAGAAGAGCAAGAAGGGAAUAAAAAGAAAGGAAGAAACGUUCAAGGGUCUCAUAGAAGAAACAUUCUAAAAGGCCAGCAUGAACGUGAAGUAGCAGAAAGGAAACGUAAACAGGAAGAACAAACGGAAGGAGAAUCGCAGAAUAGAGAAGAAUGCAAGAAACCAGAAAUUAAGAAGAUAGAGAAAAAACGAGAGACAUCAAUGGAUUCUCGGCUCCAAAGGAUACAUGCCGAAAUAAAGAAUUCACUCCAGAUUGACCAUCUUGAUGUGAACAGAUGCAUUGAGGCUUUGGAUGAACUUGCAUCACUUCAAGUAACAAUGCAACAAGCUCAGAAGCAUGCAGAAAUGAUUUCCACACUCAAAAAAAUACGAAAGUUUAAGGUUAGCCAGAUUAUAAUGGAAAAAUCCACUAUGCUGUAUAACAAAUUCAAGACUAUGUUUCUUGUUGGGGAGGGCGAUUCUGUUCUUUCACAAGUACUAAAUAAGUCAUUAGCUGAACAAAAACAGCAUGAAGAAGCAAACAAAACCAAAGAACAGUGGAAGAAAGGAUCAAACAAGAAAUCUGAAAAAGACAAAGAACAAACAGGUACAAAGGUAAUGAAUGGUGCUUCUGAAGGUCAAGAUACAAACCAGUCACAACAAAACGGGGACACCACAGAUGAAAAAAAAGAGAAGCUAGAUUCUGGCAAUAAGAAAAAGAUGACUGGUGAUGGAAGAGAACAAGAAAAGACAAAGGGUCCCACCACUGAAAAUGAAUAAAUGAAACAUACUUUUUUGUAAAGUACAUAUUAAAGAGGACUUAAGGGUUGGCAGCUGGAGAAUGCUAUAACUUUUAAAUAAUUUUAUAGGAAUAAUAUUUUAAUGUGUACAAUUUGUGAGGGAUAUGGAGAGUCUACCUUUAACAUUGUUUUAAAGUAUUUAAACAUCCUGAUAGCAUUUGGCUCAGUAUUAACAAUCAAUACAGUUCAGAUGAAAAGAGCAUAUUAUUUUAGAGAUUGAAAAGUGUUUAUAUGUUUCAGGAUUAGUUCCAUAGUAAUUUUACUGACUACUGUAUGUUUUACCUUUUGAUUAAUGAUAAAAAAGUAACUUUUCUUUUAAAUUGCCAAAAUGCUCUACUUGUAUAAAUCUACUUUAUCCCUGUUUUUCUGUGUAUAGUUUUCAGAGCUGUUGUUUGCCAAAGUGUCGGUUUACUGUGUUUUGUAAGAAGCUGAGCAAAUUUUGUAGCAUUGGAGAUGUUAUGUAUGAGUAUAUUCAUUUGGUUUAUUAAAAAAGAAGCUAGUUUUGUUCUUCGAAGGUAAUCGUGCCAAUUUAAUAUGCCUUGACUUCCUGCUUUCUGUAUUCUUAAUACUGUACUAAAGAUGCUUAUGUAUCUCAGUUGGCAUUGAUGCACAUUGGUCACAACAUAUUGUCUUAAAAUGAUUUUUUAAUUAAAGUUAUGCAGGAAAAAACUAUACAUUUUAACUAGCAAUAUCUCAGUUGAUUCUAACCUUAUGACCGACUAUUGCUAUAUCAAAGAUAUAUGCCCACAAUGACUAGUUUAAAAUAUUGCUCUUAAAACUUUUUAACAAAUUGGGUCUCAUUGUCAUGUUUAAGGAAAGGUAAAACUGUACAACCUGAAGUAAAC